GGGACAUCUGGAAUAGGGAAGACAACAAUUGCAAAAGCUAUAUGGAAUGAAAUUGCCCAUAAGUUUGAAGGAAGUUGUUUCUUGCCAAAUGUUAGAGAAGGAAGCUUAGUCCAGCUACAGGAGACUCUUCUUGAUAAGCUUCUAGGCAAAAAUUUGAAAAUUGGCAAUGUUGAUGAAGGAAUCGGUGUUAUAACAGAACGGCUGAGGCAUAAAAAGAUUCUAUUAAUUCUUGACGAUGUGGACCAAUUGGAGCAGUUAGAAAACUUGGCUGGAGAUGAUUGGUUUGGUGACGGUAGUAGAGUAAUCAUUACUACAAAAAAUAGGAGAUUGCUAAACAAUCGUGAAAUUGAGUUGAUAUACGAGGUGAAGAAGUUAGAUUGCAACCAAGCUCUUGAGCUUUUCAGUUGGCAUGCAUUCCGAAGAAGUGAACCUCCAAAAGAUUAUUUGAAACUCGCACAACGUGCAAUAGCUUUUGCUGAUGGCCUUCCACUAGCUCUAAAAAUUUUAGGUUCUCAUCUUCGUGGUACAGAUAUACGACUUUGGCAAGAUACAUUAAAUGGUUACGAAGGAGAACCUUAUACCCAUAUUGAAAGAAUACUUCAAAAAAGUUAUGAUGCCUUGGAUCAUCGCGCAAAAGAAUAUUUUCUUGACAUUGCAUGUUUCUUUAAAGGUGAAUAUGAGGACUAUGUGCUACGAAUAGUACCCAAAAUAUUCAUUGAAGAAUUCGUUGAUAAGGCAUUGAUAACUAUUGAAGGGAGAAUGAUUUUAAUGCACGACUUGCUAGCAAACUUGGGCAAGGAUAUAGUUCACAAAGAAUCCCCCAAUGAUCCUGGCCAGCGUAGUAGAUUGUGGUUUUACGAGGAUGUCAUACAAGUUCUAAUGGAAAGUACAGGAACAAGAAAUAUUAAAGGCAUCAUGGUGAAGCUUCCGAAAGCAGCUAAGAUAACUUUGAAUCCAGAAUGCUUCCGUAAUAUGGUGAAUCUUAAAAUUUUUAUAAACCAUAAUGCAUCUCUAUGUGGGGACAUUAACUAUCUGCCCAACGUGUUAAGAUGGAUUGAUUGGGAUGGAUAUCAGUUACAAUCUUUGCCACCCAAUUUUCAAGGAAAUCAUCUUGUUAAGUUCAAAAUGUCUCGCAGUCAUAUCAGACAAUUGGAGGGAUUUAAG